AUGAGACACAGCAUAUGGCCUCGCGUUGCCUUGCCCAACGGCGGCCAGCUAUUACGACAAUGUAGACCACCACAGUUGUCAUGCAAACCGCACACCCACACGCAGACGCGGUGUCUGAAUGCGGCGGCUGCUGCAGCCCAAGUCACACCGAGCUCCCAACAGCAACCACUCACCACCACCCGCCGCCGUCGUCUCGUCAAGGAUGCGAAGCCCUUCUCCGACUUCCUCACCGAUACCUUCCACCGCCAGCACGACUACCUCCGCAUAUCCGUGACGGAACGCUGUAACCUGCGCUGCCUGUACUGCAUGCCCGAAGAGGGCGUGCCACUGUCGCCGACCAGGGAACUCCUGACCACUCCCGAGAUCGUCCUGCUGUCCUCCGUCUUCGUCUCCCAGGGCGUCACCAAGAUCCGCCUGACGGGCGGGGAGCCGACGGUGCGCCGAGACAUCGUGCCGCUCAUGCACCAGAUCGGCGCCCUCCGCCCCCACGGCCUGCGGGAGCUCUGCCUGACCACCAACGGCCUCUCCCUCCACCGGAAGCUCGACAGCAUGGUCGAGGCCGGCCUCACCGGCGUCAACCUGAGCCUCGACACCCUGGAUCCGCACAUGUUCCAGAUCAUGACCCGGCGCAACGGCUUCGACGCCGUGAAGAAGAGCAUCGACCGCAUCCUUGCCCUCAACAAGCUCGGCGCGGGUAUCAAGUUCAAAAUCAACUGCGUCGUCAUGCGCGGCCGCAACGACGCCGAGAUUGCCCCCUUUGUCGAGAUGACGCGUGAAAAGGACGUCGAGGUGCGCUUCAUCGAGUACAUGCCCUUUGACGGCAACAAGUGGAACAAGGGCAAGAUGCUGGGCUACGCCGAGAUGCUCGACGUGAUCCGCAAAACGUACCCUACGCUGGCCAAGGUCGAGGACCACAAAAACGACACGAGCAAGACGUGGCACGUCCCCGGGUUCGCGGGCAAGAUUGGCUUCAUCACGAGCAUGACGCACAACUUUUGCGGUACCUGCAACCGGCUGCGCAUCACCAGCGACGGGAACCUCAAGGUCUGCCUUUUCGGCAACACCGAGGUGUCGCUGCGGGACAUUGUGCGAAAGUCCAACAACGGCGACCCCAUUGACGAGGCGGCGCUCGAGGCGAUGAAGCAGAUCGAAAUGGACCGCCGGCAGGGGCUGGCGGACGCUGGAAAGCCGCUCGGCACGGCGCUUAACGAGGCGGAGCUCUUGGACGUCAUUGGCAUGGCCGUCAAGCGCAAGAAGGAGAAGCACGCGGGCAUCGGGGAGCUGGAGCACAUGAAGAACCGGCCGAUGAUCUUGAUAGGUGGGUAA